CACAGCCUGUCCCAGACUGACCCAAAAAUGGCAGCCACUUCAAUCGGGACGCUGACGCGGCUGGCGUCGGCUAGCUUCCCCAAGGUGGCGGUAAGAAUGAACAAGAGCGUGACGGCUAUCGACGCUUCAUUCAGCUUUGAGGCUGUUCGUGCCCGCAACGGCCGACUCUUUGUGGUUGCACUCGACGGGUCGGGCAUUGCGGCCACUGCGCUCCGCCUCGCGCUCGCGCUCGCGUCCAGCAAGGACGGGUUGUUUGUGGUGAGCGUGGAGACGCCCGAGACCGAUGCCAAUGAGCUCAACCACCCACGCCGGGUGCUCGCCAAGGCAGAGACGACGGUGGCGGCGACAGGCAUCGACUACCAGCUUGUCCACCUCUCAGCCAAGAAGGCCGACGGCGUCGAUGGCAAGGUGGCCAAGUGGCGGAUGCUCGCCGGCAGCAUCGUCAGCCUGGUCGAGGCUGUCGAUGCCGACCUGGUCCUCAUGGGCUCGCGUGGACUCGCGGUGACGGCAUACACCUCGGCCACGGCCGAGGAGCUCGGCUCGGUUGCCGCGGCUUGCCUCGACGUCAUCCAGCACCCGAUCGCUGUGGUCAAGAGCGAGACCGCGUCGGUGGCGGCCGACGCAGGCAUCGCCAUGGCCUUUGAUGGCUCGCCGGUCUCGCUCCGCGCGCUUCGCAUGGCGCAUGGCUAUGCUCGAAAGAUGGGCAGCUCGCUGCACGUGUGCUCUGUCCUCACCGCCACGCGCGGCGAGUCAGCGCUGACCGAGUUGAUGGCGUCGGCGCUCGAGGUGGAGCCAAAUUUGGACGCGCUGCAGGCCAUCGGUGUCGACGUGGCGUUUCUCGACCGCGAAGGCUCCGUCGCCGAGACGAUUAUGGCGCACAUCGAGCCGCUGGCGCCACUCGCCACAGUCCUUUGCACAGCCACCAUCUUCCAUUCGGAGCACCUGCUCGGCUCUGUCUCGCGACGGAUGGUCCGUCGCGGCAAGUUCAACAUCCUCCUCGUUAAGCCGACCGAGGACGACGACGCGUAGUCUGCCUCGAUGGCGCGUAGCUGCGGUAUGUGGCGAUGGUGAGCCGAGGAGGAGGAGUGAACAGCUUGAAUGCGGCAAGAACUAGUUGUGGGAGGUGGAGGAAAAUACAGACACAUAAAGAGCCGCCG